AUGUGUUCUGCAUCGACUCUCCUACGGCUGGGUGUGUUGGUCCUCACCGUCUGCCCCCCGCCGAUCCACUCGUGUGAAAAAGGGACGCCGCGGGAGUGCGCCGAGGCAGAUUUCGCUCCCGGAUCCGACCUGGCCGGAGAGGGCUUCGACAUCACGAAGAUGCAGCGGAAGGGCUCGUUCGUGAUCGACAUGAAGCGCUGGAGGCUGAAGGACAAGACCUGUACGCUGUGCAGGAACCCCUACAUGGAGGGCAAGAAGCAGAAGCUCCCAGUUUCCGUGGUGGACUGGAGGCCGAGCCAGAAAUGCAACGUGAAGGUGUCCAGCACCGUCUAUCAGUCCAGCGAGGCCCUGAUAACCUCCAGUACCUCCGCCAUCGAGAACAACUGGAACGUCAAUCUGGAUAUCGAAGUCAAUCGAGGUCGGGGGUCGUUCAUGCUGGCAGGGACCUACUCCAAGCUGGCGGAAUAUUCCAUGGAGAAAACCAAGAAGGAUAAGUUCAGCUUUACCAGCCACAGCGUUUCCUGUGGGUAUUACAAUUACAGGGUGUCGAGCAGGCCGCAGCUCCAUCCUGAAUUUAAAAACGCUGUGAAAGAGCUGCCUAAACAGUACGAUCCUCAGUACAAACCACGAUUCCACAAGCUCAUCGACAACUUCGGCACCCACUUCAUCACCAAGGUGACCCUGGGAGGGAAGAUCCACUCCGUGACCAGUAUUAAACAGUGCCAGGCGUCGCUGCAGGGGCUGAGCGUGGACGAGGUGAAGACGUGUCUGGACGUGGAGGCGUCACUCAGCGUGAUGGGCAAAGCCACGUCAAAGGUGGACUACAAGCACUGCAACGAGGCCAAAUCGAAGACGGACGGCAAAAACAGUUUCUCCAGCAGCUUCAACGACAGGUUGACGGAGAUCUCCGGAGGCCAAACCACAGAACCCGAGCUCCUCUUCUCGGCCGAUAAAGACCCGGGCGCUUACAAAGAGUGGCUGUCGAGCGUCCCCCUCAUCCCAGACGUGAUCUCGUACUCGCUGGAGCCCCUCCACGAGCUCCUUCCCACCAACAACCCGGCCCGGAAGCUGCUCCGCAGAGCCGUACACGAUUACAUCCUGGAGAGGUCUCUGUGGAGGAACUGCUCGGAGUCCUGCACCGUCGGGGCCAAACACAACCCCAAAGAACCGUGUGUGUGCACGUGCAACAACAACCCGGGCGUGAACCAGGACUGCUGCCCUGCCAAACGCGGACUCGCUCACGUCAAGAUCACCGUAAUGAGAGCGUCCGGGUUGUGGGGGGACAGCACGACGGCGACGGACGGGUACGUCAAAGUCUUUCGAAAGAAUACCAUCCAGAUCGGGCACACAGUGGUCAUCAAUAAUAACAAUUCCCCAACCUGGGCGGCUACCUUCGACCAGGGUGACGUUGAGCUAUCGAAUUACGAAAGCAUAAAGCUGGAGGUGUGGGACCAAGACAACAACUGGGACGACGACCUGCUGGGGUUUUGUAUGGUCAGCGUAAGUGCAGGCACUCAUGAGAAUUUCUGUAAUUUAAAUCACGGCACGCUGUAUUAUAAAACCGAGGCAGCAUGCGCUCCGAGCUUGGCCGGUCCGGCGUGCACCGAAUACGUCGGUUCUCCUAUGAAUGUCCAGCUGGAGAAGACGUACGUGUCGCGGCACGCUCGGCCCCUGCUGCCAGACAUGCUGCUGGAAAUGGGGGUGAUUCCGGAGGAACCGCGCCGCGUGAUGGUCAGUCAGAAUGGACACGGCGCUGACCAGACUCUUCUGUAGCUUUAACAGAGCUUUAAAUUAGCUCUAUUAUUUACAAAUUACAGCCUGUCUUUUUGUUUCCCUAAAAGCUGCAAACUUUCAAACAUGAGCAACAUUUUUCCUUCCUGUCCAGAGCCUUAUGUAGCUGCCAAAAACAUUUU